AUGCCAUGGUGGACGCCUUGCUACCCAACAGAGAAACCUCCAUUUUCAUAUGCCACUCUCAUUGGCCUUGCAAUUCUUUCUAGUCCAGAAGGGCGUCUUACAUUGAGCGCCAUUUAUCUCUGGAUCUCCAUAAAUUACCCCUAUUACUCACUUGGUGAAGGAGGGUGGCAGAACUCUAUUCGCCACAAUUUGUCUUUAAACAAAAAGUGGUUUACCAAACUUAACAGACGACCAACCCAAGCCAACCCAGGAAAAGGGUGUUACUGGACACUA